GACGAUCAACCCUUGCAAGAUGUGUGACUGUGUACGAUUCUUUGGAUAGCUGUGAACGGGAGGGUUGGAGCUGAACGUCGCGACGCUUUCAGGAAUACCCUGCACCAGAACUAUUUCAUUUUUUCCCACUUUGAUCCAGUUGGGACAAAGGCUUGCCGGACAGAGGCUGUGCUCUCAUACCUGAGACUAAGGGAGGCCUCUGGACGACCUGUCCUCUCUGACUGGCGGGAAACGGGAUUGUGGGAAGACUCUCGGAGGACUGAGGGAAGGACCGUAAGAAGAGUGCGCGCAUCCUCGGCGAGGGACGGGGCAGCAUCAUGAACGUCACCAGCCUCUUCUCCUUCACCAGCCCGGCGGUGAAGAGGCUUCUGGGAUGGAAGCAGGGCGACGAGGAGGAGAAGUGGGCCGAGAAGGCGGUGGAGGCCCUGGUGAAGAAACUGAAGAAGAAGAAGGGCGUGAUGGAGGACCUGGAGCGGGCGCUCAGCUGCCCCGGCCAGCCCAGUAAGUGUGUCACCAUCCCGCGCUCGCUGGACGGCCGGCUCCAGGUGUCCCACAGGAAGGGCCUGCCGCACGUCAUCUACUGCCGCGUGUGGCGCUGGCCCGACCUGCAGUCCCACCACGAGCUCAAGGCCCUGGACUGCUGCGAGUUCCCCUUCGGCUCCAAGCAGAACGACGUCUGCAUCAACCCCUACCACUACAAGAGAGUGGACAGUCCCGUGCUUCCUCCGGUACUCGUCCCCAGAAACAGCGAGUUCAACGCCAAGCACACCAUGCUGCCGCACUUCCGUAACAUGCUCCAGCAGAACGAGCCCCACAUGCCCCACAACGCCACUUUCCCAGGGUCUUUCCCCCAGUCCCAGUCCCCCAACAACAGCUACUGCAGCUCCCCAGGGAGUGGCUCUGCCAUCCCCAAUUCCCCCUCCAGCUCGGACCCCGGGAGCCCCUUCCAGAUGCCAGCAGAGACCCCCUCUCCUGCGUAUCUGCCCCCAGAGGAGCCCAUGAACCAGGACUGCUCCCAGCCAAUGGACACCAACCUGCUGGCUCCGGCCCUGCCCUUGGAGAUCAGUAACCAGCCAGACGUCCAGCCGGUGGCCUACGAGGAGCCGAAGCACUGGUGCUCCAUCAUGUACUACGAGCUCAACAACCGCGUGGGCGACGCCUUCCAGGCGUCCUCCACGAGCGUGCUGGUGGACGGCUUCACCGACCCCUCCAACAACCGCAACCGCUUCUGCCUCGGCCUCCUGUCCAACGUCAACCGCAACUCCGCCAUCGAGAACACCAGGCGCUACAUCAGCAAAGGCGUGCACCUGUACUACGUGGGGGGCGAGGUCUACGCCGAGUGCCUGAGUGACAGCAGCAUCUACGUCCAGAGCCGCAUCUGCAACUAUCACCACGGCUUCCACGCGACCACCGUCUGCAAGAUCCCCAGCGGCUGCAGCCUCAAGAUCUUCAACAGCCAGCAGUUUGCCCAGCUGCUCGUCCAGUCGGUCAGCCACGGCUUCGAGGCCGUCUACGAACUCACCAAGAUGUGCACCAUCCGUAUGAGCUUCGUCAAGGGCUGGGGCGCAGAGUACCACCGCCAGGACAUCACCAGCACCCCCUGCUGGAUCGAGGUGCACCUGCACGGGCCGCUGCAGUGGCUGGAUAAAGUGCUCACCCAGAUGGGAUCACCCCACAAGCCAAUUUCAUCAGAGUCCUAGCCACGCCAAAACCGGCCCAGGGCCUUCAGAGGAAGGGGCAGGAGGCAGAGGGGGGAGGGGGGUUAUGUCCUACUUGAAGGCCAUGUGUAUCGGGCUCAUCCCAGGCUGUGUGUGACCUGGCUGGGGGCUCACCUGGAAGAUACUUGAGCUCUGUGACCAAUGGUAUUAAUCAGACUUUCUGUCCCGUUUACAGCAUCACCACUGGACUGAUUUCAUAAAAUCCUCUUUUCAGUUGUGCCCAAGAACUGUGUGCAUCAUAUCUAUAAGUGGUUUGGGGAGGUUUAAAGAUAAGUCAGCAUGCAGUUGGACUGAGCAGUUUCUUAAAAAAUCAGUUUGGGGAACAGUUUCACGUACAAAAAACAACUGAAAAUCCCCCAAAGGAAAUCGCUUCCUUAGUUUAUUCACACAGUCCAAUCACAGUCCGCAGAGGAUGGGGGUGGGAGGGGCAUUUGUGACAUAGGGGUGAGAGAAUGUGUAUAAAGCAUUGCUCUGCUCGUGUUACACUUGGGUUGGACUGAUUCAAUGGGUGUGUAGAUGCACUGGCCAUUCAUAUUCAGUGGCGCAGUUUGUUCUGAAGUACACUUUGGUUGUGUUGAGCUUGUAGGUGAUCAUUCAAUGGGUCAGUGUGGAGCAGUGUUGAGCUGUGAUUAGUGCAGCUAAUACCUUAUUACUGAGGUUCACUGGAAGCGUCCAUUUUCCCUUUUUUCCACUUUUCCUUUCAGUAGCUUGGCUUGCUGUUUUUUUAAAUUGAAAUACGCACAAGUACACUGAGAAGCAUAAUGACAUGUAGACAAACAGUAUUGCACUCAACAAGAUAACACAUAGCAAGAUACACAGAUAUAAUAAUAUUUAACCUUAUACAUUAACUGACAUUGAAUUCAACAGAAUUUCAGAAAAACAUUGUGGUUAAAGAGAUUGCAAUACAUGGUUUUGGGGGCAUGAACAGCAUAAAGAAACACUAGAAAAGUUACAUUUGGGGAGUGUUAGAGGCCUGUUGGGGGUGGAGUGGUGGAGUGAUAGUGUAAAAAUAAGUGAAUAAAAUGAAUUGAUAUCCAUUGGGAGAUGAGCCAUGGUGGUGAACACACACUAUGAGCUAGUAGUCAGGACUCAAAGGACCGCACGAGUACAUUGGCAUGCUGUUAAGAUUUUUUUAAUUUGUUUUUUUUCUCCGAGCCAGUUUAUGCAGAUAUUGUUUUUGUUUUUGUUUAUAUAUGUUAGUGGGCAUCGUGGUAAAACAGACUUGUGGGCAUUUUGCAACAAACAGUCAUGUCCAUUUGAUGCUAUUUAAUUUAGUCAUUUUAAUUCCGUCCCUUUGAUUAUUUUGUUAAAGCUUAGAAUGCAAUCUGCUGUUAUUUUGUAAAUCAUUUUUUGUACUUUAAAAUGCUCUGCUGUCUCUAGCAUCUGCACUUUUACAGGAAGUAACUUCCUCCUCUGAUGUUGUUUUGACAUUGUUGCUGAAUCCUGCUCCCAGAAAGCAGUUAUAUUCCUCCAAUAUCAAGGCUGUAUCAGAAGAUUCAUUAAAUGGUUUCUUACUAUGUUUUCAAAUCUAAAAUGUCUGGAGUAUCCGAUUGGCAUGUCUGUGUAUGGAAAAGCCUGCCUGCAUUAGUUUUUUUUUGGGGCGGGGGGUAUUUUUAUGUGUAAUUAUUAGACUCCAUCUGUUCCUAAUUUCUGUUUCUUUUGUCAGAUGUUACAGAAACAAACAGGAAAGCAAAAAUGUGUGAGAUGACAAUGCAAUUAAAAUGAGUUUGCAAUGAG